CGCGGCUCCGGCUUCGUUGGCGGCGGGCGGGGUCCUCCACCUCGGGGGUCGGCUGCCUGGAGACGGAGGGGCUUAGGUCAUGUCCCUCUCUUGCUUCUUUAACCCUCGCCAUGGCUGUCUCUUACACGCCAACGGCCACGGGGAAGUGUGGGCAGACUGGAACAGCACGUCCAAGUUCUCCCAGUAUGGCUGGAGGUGCACCACCAACGAGGACUCUUACUCGAACAAAACUCUGCUGGGUAACUGGAAUCAGGACCGUUACGACAUCCGGAGAGUUCUGCAGCCCAAACCUCUCCCUUCCCAGUUCGGCCACUACUUCGAGUCCACCUACUCAGUGGCUUAUUCCAAGGAAAUGCCUCACAGUACAAGAAGAGUUAUACGAGAACCUCACUGGUUCCCUGGACACCAGCCAGAGCUGGAGCCUCCUCCGGUCAAGCGAACUGCUCGGUCAUGCUACAUGAUAGACUAUGAGACCCCACGUGGCAAGGGACCCUCCCUGGUGGUUGAAGAGACGCCCAAGGAGCCAGAAGAGACUCAGCCGAAGCAGUAAGCAUGGGGAGAGGCCUCAAGACACCUGGUUUGGAACGCCCUGCUCACGUGACCCGAUUACUCCCCACCCACCCAAGGCUAGGCUGCUGUGCAGCAUCACAGACUGCGGUUGUCAUUAAAAGGAAGUGCCCCCCCCAAGUGGAAAGAAGAUUCUCACUAGCAAUUG